AUGCAAACGGUGAUCACGGGCUUGCAUAUUUGCUUAAUGGAAGAGCGGCUUGCCAAGCGCUAUUGGGACCGUCUUUUCAAAGAAUACUGUGUGGCCGACCUCUCUCGCUACAAAGAGAACAAGCUUGGCCUCCGUUGGAGGAGUGAAAAGGAGGUUGCCUCAGGAAAAGGUCAAUUCAUCUGCGGUGCCCUCAGCUGCUAUGAGACGGCUUUUCUGCGCAGUUGGGAGGUCAAUUUCGCGUACAGGGAACGCGACGGAACUCGACGGAAUGCCUUAGUGAAGUUGCGUCUCUGUCCGGCCUGUUCCGCCAAACUAAACUACCAUAAGCAGCAUCAAGAGUGCGUUGCUGCAGCCCAGCAGGCAAAGGUUCGCGAAGGAAAAGAAGGCGACGCUGCCACCGGACUGAAACCAUCCAAACGUUUUCAUCCUGAUGAAGCUAGCCAAGAGAGUAACCUCGCAGAUACGCAGAAAAAGCAGGUGGAGGAAGAGAGUGUAGUUUGGUCGUCGACUGAAACUGCCGCCACUUCUAGAGAACCGGACGAAUUUGCGGACUACUUUAAGGAUAUGUUUUUAUAG